CAACGCUUCACAUAAAUUCAUAAUUCAUAUUAGGUAUGUUGGUGGGUGGAUGGUAUGAGUGAAGUGAAUAGUGCUAUCAAUUUGUCAAACUUGCCAUAUUUAUUGAAGUUCGUCAUUGAUAUCUUUUUUUUCUAGUUAACUAAUUUAAACAAUUGUGUGUUUAAAAAUAUAUCCAUUGGAAUAUUUUAUUUGUGCUUAAGGAAAAGUUUUAUUAAUAAGUUAUUAUCAAAGUGGAGUUUUGUUGAACAAAGAAAAUGGCAGAAGGUGGAUUCCCAGGGCAACACACUACCACCACUACGGUGACAUCCAGCACCACGGUUCAGACAAAUAUACGCUUCGAUCCAUCCUACCUGAAGACUAUACCGGGUAUUCUUAAAGUUGUCCAAGUGGUGUGCAGUCUUUUAGGAUUCAUAUGUAUUCAGUGCUCGUACCUGAACACCGCCAGCAGGGGCGUGUACUUCAGCUGGAUAUCCAUGAUCGCUUUCUGGUUCACCGGCAUCCUGCUCGGCUUCUACCUGUUCCACAUCGUGGAGAAGUUCUACAAGAUACCCUGGUUGAAGAUUGAAUUCGUGUUCACGGCCCUCUGGACCGUGCUGUAUCUCAUAGCGGGCAUACUCGCCGUCACCGUGCACGAUAACCCACAUUCCGCCGCAGCGUUCUUCGGGUUCUCGGCGACGCUGGCGUACGCGCUGGACGCGUUCGUGAAGUGGCGCGGCGUGCGCGCGGGCGGGCUGGCGCAGGGCUCGCGCGUCGUGUCCAAGCAGACCACGUCCGUGGCGCCGCCGCGCGAGGCCUACUAGCCGUGCCGCCUUCCACUCCAAUAUUGAUUUGAGAUGGCCCUGUGUACUUAAUGUUAAGUAUUCUAUUUUGCUGGCUGGUAGGCGUUACUUUGAAAUUUUUUAAACAAACUUAAAAAAUACUAAUGUGCCUUUACAAGUGCUUACUU